CGAUAUGUAAUGCCUUUUCUGAAUCCACGUGCAGUUGUUUAGGAAAAGAUGGCGGCUCCCUCUACUGAUAUUGAAGCGGUCGCUACUAAAAAGCCUAAUGUGCGAGGUCCAAGAAGAGUGGCCAAUCAGAUUCCUGAUGAGAUCCUCAAAGAUCCAGAGCUUACCGACGCCGUCAAGACUUUGCCAGCCAACUACAAUUUUGAGAUCCACAAAACAAUAUGGCGGGUGCGACAAGCCAAAGCAAAGAGGGUGGCCUUGCAGUUACCUGAAGGUCUGCAGAUGUUUGCCUGUGUGAUCGCUGACAUCAUUGAGAGAUUUACAGAAGCGGACACUCUGGUGAUGGGAGAUGUCACUUAUGGGGCCUGCUGUGUGGACGACUUCACUGCGCGUGCUUUGGGAGCCGACUUCAUGGUGCAUUAUGGCCACAGUUGUCUCAUCCCUAUAGACUCUACCGAGGGAAUCAAGAUGCUGUAUGUGUUCGUAGACAUCCAGAUUGACACUGCCCACUUUCUGGACACGCUCAGGUUCAACUUUCCCCCCGGCCACUCGCUCGCCCUCGUCAGCACCAUCCAAUUUGUUGCUGCUUUGCAGGCAGCCAGUGCGGAACUGAAGCCAGAUUACGAGGUGUUGGUGCCUCAGUGUCGCCCACUUUCUCCCGGGGAGAUCCUCGGGUGCACCUCACCCCGUCUGGAGAAGCAUGUCAACGCUAUCAUAUAUCUUGGGGAUGGAAGGUUUCACUUGGAGUCCAUCAUGAUCGCCAACCCAGAAAUACCUGCAUACAGGUAUGACCCAUACAAUAAAGUGUUUUCUCGAGAGUAUUAUGACCAUGAAGCCAUGAGGGCCACCAGACUGCAGGCCAUAGAGAAGGCCCGCUCAGCCCAAAGAUGGGGUCUUAUCCUGGGCACCCUCGGCCGGCAGGGCAACCCUAAAAUCUUGGAGCAUUUAGAGUCUCGUUUGGAGUCUUUGGGGCGGUCGUACACUCGAGUGCUUCUGUCUGAGAUCUUCCCCAGCAAACUGGAGCUUCUCGCAGACGUGGACGCGUGGGUGCAGAUAGCAUGUCCUCGACUUUCCAUCGACUGGGGAACGGCUUUCUCCAAACCUCUGCUGUCUCCCUAUGAGGCAGCUGUAGCACUGCAGCAGGUGGGAUGGCAGGAGGUCUAUCCUAUGGAUUUCUAUUCCAAUCAAAGCCUGGGGGCUUGGACCCCCAAUCACCCAGAACACCAUCCACAAAGGCCUGUACGCAAACCUGUGCAGAAGCCAAGUUCAGACGCAGGUCAGCAGAUGAGAGGCUGUGGCCGUGACCAGAGCGCCUCCUGUGGCUGCCAGGCAGAUUAAAGUCUAACCCUUUACACCAGCAAUCUGCCAGCCAACCACAGAUCAUCGUGGACAACUGCAGGAGACAAGCAGGCCAAUCAAAACUCAACGUUCGGCUCUGUUAUCUUACUAUGGAUGGCAGAGCUUUUCACUGAUGUGCCCACAAGAGACUACCAAAUCAGACCUCUAUCGACAUUGUGCCAUGAGUAUGUGUUUAAAAUGAAAUGGGGAUGAGAGGAACUCGCAAAAGUUGCAGAGAUAAAUGCAUAAGUGUGCCAGGGUGUGAGUGCAUUUUGGUGUCCUGUUCUGUGCGUCUGGAGAGAGAAUCAGAGCUCAACAGAAUGAGCAGUUUUUCAUCUUGUGCUAUGCGGAUGGCUUUAGUUAAAUGCAAUCAUCUUGGCCUUCAUUUAGAAAGGAGCUGCCAAGCACUUUUCAUAGGUGACCUUUUUCUUUUGAAAAUUACAGUGGGGAACCGGAGCAUAUUCAAAAUUAUUCCUCUGCAGAGAAAGAUAAUUCACAUUCAGAGCUGAGGCUUUUGUGUUUCCCGUUUGGCUAUCGGAAGUUCUCCAACAUAAAGGAACUUUUGUGAACGUUUCGCACAGAGCACAUUUUUAGUUAGACGCAAAAUAAACUGUUUACGGUUGACUGUCAAGGCUUUGAUUUACUGCUUCAAUGAAACCAUUAUGUUUAUUUUCUUUUAUACCAAAUGUACAGUAAAACCCUGGAUGGUUCGCCAGUCAGCUAAAACACAUGGAGCCAAUUUCCCUAAAGCGGAUUAGGCCAAGUCUUGGAUGAACAUUCACUGUCAGCAGCGAUUAUUCAUAUUAAAAUCUUUAAAUUGUGUGAGACUACAAAUGAUUGGUGAACAGGAAAGCAGCCAUAUUCCUCUGAGUCUGGCAUUAAAGACGCUGAGUCUGUAAACACAGGGUUAAAUAUCUUUUUUAUUCAUCAUCUUCUAAAUCAUUGUUCUUUUGCUUAUAUGCUUGCAUAUUGUGUAAAAUAUAUACAGAAUAUCAAGUGUGUAAAUGACAUGUAUUGUUACACAGUCUCACAAAAUUAUGUACCUACACUGAUAAAAAUUAUUCAUUAAAUUUACUCAAUUUUUUAGGGUAAGUGGUUGCAAUCAAUUUAUUUAAGCUACAUUUAAACAAAAGUUUUUUUAUUGUAUUUUAAUUUACUUUUUUUUUUUUGUUUAAAUGUAGCUUAAAUAAAUUGAUUGCAAAAAAUUUAGUAAAUUGAAUGAAUUAUUUUUUUCAGCGUAUAGUCACAUAAUUUUUUAUGAUACUGUGCCGAAUUUCCCCGUUUAUGUGAUCGUAUCAUGAAUUUCUGUUUAUGUGUCAUUGUCACGUAUUGGUUACUCAACUGCUUUUUCCUAUUUUCAAACCAUUGUCGCUUCGGUUUAGAUUUGGUGUUUGCGAUAGGAUGUCCAUUUAAGUAUUGGUUUAUACUAUUUUUUCUGAUUUAUUUUUUAAUAUUUUCUAAAUUUUAAACCAUUGUCGCCUGGCAUUAGGAUUAGAGUUGGGUUUGGGUAAGUAUGUCAUUUUAUGUAAAUCUCACCCUAAACUGAAGCGACAAUGGUAAAAAAAUAGGACAAAACAGUUGAGUAACCAAUCCGUGACAAUGACACAUAAACAGAAAUUCAUGAUAUGGUCAUGAAAAAUAAUAAAAACAUUAUGUGACUAUAGGUUCGUAAUUACUUUAUUACGAUGUUUACAUUGCAAUCCAUUAAAAUAAUAAUUGAUUUACUGAGAAAUAGGCUUGGACAUUAAAUUUUUUAUGAAUUGUGACCCUGGCUGUGAAAUCCAAACCGAAGUUUUGAGAUACGAACAUGAAAGUUUGAUUUCACAUCGAUUUCAAUCUUUGUUAUUAUCUUUCUUAGUCAGUAUUAAAUAUAUUGAGGUUAUAUUUUCUUUACAUUAUGUACGAUUUAAAAAAAAAACAUUAAUUCACAAAACAAUGACUUCAGCUGGGUUUUCACAGGCAUUGUCACAGUUUUGUAAAUGUAAUGCAUUUAAAUGUAAGAUGGGAGAACAAAACAUUUCGUAAUGAUGAGAUGCUGGUAUUGGCUCCAGCCUUAAUGGGGUCUUAAAAAUAAAAUAAAAAAACCUAUUUUAAUUUGGUUGUGAUUUCAAAUUCCAAUUGGUGGACUCGUAUGUUGAAAAAUUCUCAUUUACUAGAUAACUAUUUGAAUCAUAAAGUUGUGUUUUGUUGAGCUUGUCUGCAUUUUUUAAAAUCUUAAAUAAGCUUAAAUAAUACAUGACAUUAAAAAGGUUUUGUUUAAUAACAAUUCGUUAUUCUAUCAUUUUAGUAAACAUUUAAUUACUGUCAAUUCACUGAGAUUAUUGCAUGUCUUUGUGAAUUACCUGUGUUAUUAUUUCACCAGGUCAGGCAUUCAUGAUUCUCGCUGUCCACUAGAUGACACUGUCCACCUAAUCGUGCACCAACUGUUUAACUUAAUAGUUAAGCCGAUGCUGCUUGCCCAAGAUUGAUUUACUGCUUUAUUUUGCAUGGCAGUGUGUGAGAACCCAAUGUACUUGAGUUGCUAGUGUGUAAUAACUUCCAGAUGUGAUGAGGAUGUCAGUAUUUGCCUGUCUUUUUCUCUCUCACACACACACACACACACACAUUUCUGUGGCUGUAGGCAUUCAUUUCCCGUCUCAUGGGAAGGGCACAGGAAUUGACAGGAAGAGCUGAGAGAUGCUCAAGUUUCUCUAUUCUUCUUUGCCAAUACACAUUGAGCUCAUAAGAAAAAGCAGAAGUUGUUCAUCAAAGCUCUGUUAAUGUCUACCAUAUGUGCAUUAUGUUCCCCAGAUUUCUUUAGCAUUAGCACAAAUGAUCUAACUUAUCUUUACAUCAUCUUUAGCAUUUUCAUUUUAUAUUUUAUUUUAGAUGUAUUAUUUUUCAUCUUGUUUAUUCUAUGCCAUUGUACUGAAUGGCUGCUGAAUGCCAUAUCCAGUACCAUAUUUACAGUAAAAUACUGCAAAAAAUAUAUUGUUGGUGUAACUCUGGUAUAUGUCUUUGAAACAUGGGAUCAUAUCCAAAUACAUUGUACAGUUUCUACAAACAGUCCUGUAAGUGCUACGACUCUAAUUGUACUUCGAGUAAAUUUGAUACUGGACAAAUAGUGUUCCUAACAAAGAUUAUAGAGUAUUAUGUCCUAUAAUGGUGGGCCUAUGAGUAACUACGGUAAGUGCUAAUGCAAUGUGCUUUCAUAUUUUUUGACAGUGUUGAUUUGCGCUGUGCAUGUGUAUACAUCUGUGUUCGAGCUUUUGUCUCUGUUCCCAUCAGAUUCGAGCUCUCGCAGGUAGCUUUUGUGAAGUGCCUGGCAAAGUGUUUAUCUUGCUGAUACUGUACAGGAAACCGUGAGUCACCUCUGUUCGUUCAUAUUUCUGUGCUUUUUUCUGUCUCGCCACCCAUUUUCUCCAUGUCUGUUUACUGCCGGGUCUCCCUUCUCAUUGUAUACUCAUCUAAACAUACUUCACCCAAACAUAAAAAGGAUUGAAUGGAUGUAGGAGCCGAACUCUGACCCCUGGCUCUCUCAGACAGAUGUGCUUAUGCAACAGUGUCUGUAAAGGACAGAGACAAUCUGAAGAGAAACAUGUUGCUAGUCAAGCCAAUAUUUAGUUUUUUAGAAGUUUUUUAUUGUAUCUUUGUAUUUUUCUAAAUUACAUUUUGGGAGCGUUUACCGAAAGUAAAGAGGCCCGUUAAAUUGAAUCAACUAGGAUUUAAAACAUUAAGACUGCUUUUCUGAAAUCUGAUGAAACUAUGAGCUUGGCAAGGAUUCUUGUGGUGAGCUGCCAUUUACGGAGUUAUUUUAUAAGAGGAAAGGAUUUGUUUGCGUAUAGGAAACUUAAUAAUACACCAUUUUUACGUUUAGUCAACUUGAAUUUGCAUUUCAUUUCAACUUUCUUGUUCAUUUAGUUCAUUAGUCAACCUUACCAUGACAAAUUGUUUUCCAGAAGUUUUUAAUCAUAUUGAUAUCUCAGAUGUCAAUAUUUGGUGGCUUAGGUCUGUGCUUAGAUUUUCAAAAAAAAUUCAAAUAAUUUUCCAUAGUUCAGCUUCAUAAUGUUGUUUCUUCCUCAUACAGUUAAUACACACAAUAUUAAUAUUUAUCAGUAUUAAAAUAAAUAUUAUUUGUUCUUUGAAGAGCCCUCCCUGCUCUAUUUGUUUGAUAUUAUUGCAUUUGGUUUGUGCAUUUAAAUUCCAAAAAUUCCUACAAAUUCUAUUAUCUCCCCAAAAUGUUUUUUUGAGACAUCAAUAACUCGUAUAUUUGCUAUUAUAAAAUAAAUAAGACUGAUAUUUUUCUCAUGUUUGGACUCGGGUUAUAGGAAAAUAUAAACAGAUGGUUCAAUAUAUUGGUAAUAAAUGCAUUCUCUGUGAU